CGGAAGUGAACUUUUUUGUUUACCGAAAGUACUUUGAACCGUUGUUUCAAUGUGUUUAUAACCAGCUUUAACGUUAAUCUGAUAAAGACAGUUAUUACUAGUGGCCCACAGAUAUAAAAUAUGGAAAGUUUAACACCGACACAGCUGAAAAAGUUGAAAGAGCACAAGUAUAGUGCCACUGGAACGUCCUUAGUGGAACCGUACAUGCAGAUCUUCUGGCGAUGGCUCGUAGAACAAAUUCCAACAACCUGGGCACCAAACACGUUGACAGUUGUUGGAUUGAUACUUAACAUUGCCACAUCUACGCUGUUGUUCAUGUACAGUCCAGAUGGGAAAUCGGAGGCUCCAAGAUUUGUUUACUUGCUUUGUGCAAUAGGUUUAUUUUUAUACCAGUCCUUAGAUGCUAUUGACGGAAAGCAAGCAAGGAGAACAAACACAAGCUCACCUCUUGGUGAACUCUUUGAUCAUGGUUGUGACUCAGUUUCUACAGUCUUUGUAGGCUUGGCAACUGUAGUGGCAUUAAACAUGGGAAAAGAUUUAGACUGGAUGAUGUAUGAAUUAUUUGCAGCUAUAUUUUUAUUUUAUAUGGCCCACUGGCAGACAUAUGUAACAGGAACACUUAGAUUUGGACAGUUUGAUGUUACAGAAUCCCAGUUAAUGAUUAUAGCUGUUUAUUUAACAAAUUUUAUAUUUGGAUCAACAUUGUGGGAUCUAACGAUUCCCAUUAUAGGAAUGACAUUAAGAAAAGCAGUAAUUUUAUUAAGUAUUUUGCCACAGAUUGUACAGUUCGGAUCAAAUUUUUCCGUCAUUAUGCAGGGAGGAAGUGGUAAAAAUAAAUCAACAAUAGCUGGAACAAGCACUAUAUUUCCAGGACUACCUAUAGUGUUAGUUCUAGCACUAGGUGUAAUAAUAUCACAGAAGUCAGAAACACAAAUAUAUGAAAAUCAUCCAUGUUUCUUUCUUCUCUGUUUUGGAUUAGUAGCUGCUAAAAUAACAAACAAGUUAGUCGUAGCACAGAUGACAAAAAGUGAAAUGGAUUUAUUUGACACAGCAUUAUUGGGUCCUGGAAUGUUGUUUCUUAAUCAAUAUUUCAACUGCAUAUUAAAUGAAUAUUUGGUUUUAUGGCUUAUGUUUAUAUAUGUAACACAAGAUUUAAUAAGAUACUCCUCAUCAGUGUGCCAACAGAUUUGUCAAUUCUUGGGAAUUUAUUGUUUUGAUAUCACUUCAUCUCCAAAGAACGGAAAGGCAUCAUGAAUUGUACCCGCUGCUUAUUGCUCAACAUUUUGUCUAUCAUAUAUUAUUUAUUUUAAGAGAUGUUUUAUUGGUAUGAAUGCUUAAUCCACAUUGUUUAGGAAAUCAGCAAUAUUUUACAUUCUCUCAAAUUUUAGUUAGUGUUAUUUGGUUAAACCAGUACAUUAAGUAAAGAGUCCACAAUUAAUAUUUUUUUAUGAAAGUUGGCAAAGCAUAUAAUUUUUGUCGUUGCAGAAUGUUAGAUAAAGGAAUGCUAAUUCAGCUGCAAUGGUAUUGAUUGUUUAUAUGUCAGUUGGUAGGAAAGUCGUAUAAUCUAUAUUUAAUUCAAUGCAUAUGCUUAAUGUUAAGUUUGCUAUAGGUAUUUUUUCUGAAAGAACCACUGUAUAUCAGUAACAGGUCUUCAUGUCAGUCUGACGGGGAUCAUCUAACCUUUACCUCUUUUCGUGGUCGAUAAGUGAUUUAUUUUGUAAUAAGGUCUUUUUCAUAGAUACUAUAGGUACAACUAUAUUUGGUUUAUAGAAUGGUUGUAUAUUGUUAUCUUUUUCUGAGUGUUCAUCUGACCUUGACAUUGUUCAGAUACUUUUACAAGAGGUCAAUUACAUUAGUUAUAUGAAAUGAUUGUAAGGUGUACAUGUCAUUGAUGUCAAUCUGACUGUUCAUCUUUCCUUGACCUCAUUUUUAUUGAUCGUUGAUCAGUAUUAGGUUUCGUGAUGAGGUCUGGUUUAAGAGAGCUAUAAGAAAUAGAUCAAAUUUACUGUGUAUGUUUGUAAGAUGUAUAUGUCUGUUUGACAUGGUCAACUGACCUCGACCUCAUGUUCAUGGACUGACCUCGACCUCAUGUUCAUGGUUGGUUGGUCAUAGUUAGUUUUCAUGAUAUUAGAAGUUAUAGGUCAACUACAUUUGGUGUAUAUAAUGAUUGUAAGGUGAACAUUUCUGUUGGAUAGGGUUUCUAUGACAUUGACCUAUUUUUCAUGGAUCAUUAAUAAUGUUUAUAGGGUUUUGGGAUACCUGUAGUAAACCUUGAAGACUUUCAGCAUAAAAUGUAAUCAUUAAAGCAGGUGGGCCAUUUCUCUGCACUCUGCUAGAAAAUCUUUCCUCCCUUCCAAAUUCAGCAAUGUCUUUUUAGUUUCUAAACUUUAGAUGAUUUUUGAUUGAGACUGACAAAUGUGUGUUUACAGUCUGUUAAUGCUGCAUACCCUUAUUUUUUAAAUGAAGAUAAGGCGAUGUUGUAUGAUUGCCAAUGAGAGAACUAUCUUUCAAAAAUGAAAAAGACUAAAAGUCUGUUUUACAUUAAUUUUUGCAAGCACUUGCAAAAUAAUAUCAAAGAGUCAUGCUCAAACACAAGCAAACACAUCCCUUAUUCUUAAGUUCGUGCCAAGCAUAUCUGUAGAAAUAUUUAAAAAAAAAAAACAUGGGUUAAAGAUUGUGUAGUCAUGACAUUAUUCAUAAAUAAUCAGUUGUGUGCUUUAGGAAUUCAUUGUCCAAAACAUGUAUUAAUUACUUCAGAAAAAUUUAGUUGCAGAGAUAUUUUUAUAAAUAUUUAUGAUAAACAAGAUAUUGCUAUUCCUUUACAUAUGAAUAAUUGUAAAUUAUGCUAUUUUUGUUUCUUUCCUUGAUGGAAGUAUGGCUUCAUAUGAAAAUCCAUUUCACUUUGUUAUUUUGUAAAAUCUUUUCAUGUCAAAGACCUAGGCCAUUUUACUUAUGGUUAAAAAUGUUUUUUUUGAAAUAUUUCAAGUAUUCUGUCUAUUUUAAUUUUUCUUUAUAUGCAAAAAACAGGUUUUAAUAUUUUGUGGUUAUUGUUUUAACGCAAAAGUUUUUUAAUUCAAGUUUGUAAAAGUUACUUGAAAAAGAAUAUAUACUGUAAAUUCAAAAAUUUUUGCCAGGUUUUUAUCCUAAAAAAUUAAAAUCACAUUGAAGUCUCAAAUGACAAAAUCGCAAUAAUAAAUGCAUGCAAUAAUUUCUGAAUUUACAGUAUUGCAAAGACCAUGAUGGUCUCACUAUAAAAAAGAUCAUUAAUAGAAUAUUUGAAAAAGAAAAUUGUGUUGUAAGUUGCAGUAUAUAAGCAUAUAAACUGAAUUUUAAUAAAAAAAAAAAAAAAAAAGUGUUGCAAGAUUAUUAUGAAAGUAAAAUUUAAAAGUAAAUUAGUGGAUAUUUAAAAACCAAACAUCAUUUUGAAACAACAAUUUCACAGAUAUAUUUCUUUUUAACACAAUCAAAAGAUGUUGUUCAGCAUACCCUAAUUUCCUUUUCAUUUAAGAAUUGCUAAGCUUGAGCCAGGUUGGUUUUGCUUGUAACUUAUUGAUUUACAUUUUGAUUAGUAGGCCAUAAAUUUAUGCUUUUCCUUUUUCAUUCCAAUUUGCUAAGCUUCAGCCACAUAUUUUAUGCUUUAACUUAUUGCUACAUGCUUUAAAUAUGUUUAUUUCAUGCUAAACUGCUGUACAGUUGUAUAUUAUAAUCAUUUGCCCUUGUUUAUGCAGUCUAUAUUAUUUUAGAAUAAUAAUGUGCCAUAAUUUUGAAGUUUGUGUGGUUACGUUACAAUUAUUUAAAUUGAUAUUAUUUUAUUUUUUAACUUUAAAUUCAUUCAAUUAGUAUAAGACACCAUUUGGAUUUUUAUAUUGAACUCUUUGGCACUUAAAGCCUACAGUCAUAAAACUUAUCCAGAACUCCCACAUGCUUGAAACACCAAAUCCAAUAUUUUGAUUAGUUGAAUUUGUAGUUGUGAGUACAAUAAUCAUACUUACAAAUUUUUCUGACCACAAAGCCUGGUUUUAAAAACCAGUAUACUUAUUUGUAAAAAUGUAAACAAAGUUUCAUUGAACCAUCAUUUAUAUAAACAAAAACAAAAACAAGUUUUGACUCAUUAACAUAUGUGACAUGUAAAUUUUAAUACAAACAAUAGCAGAUUUUGGGGGUAUUUGGUUUUCAUAGUGAUCAUGACACAUUAAGGAAAUUUACAGUGAGUUAAUGGUUAUUUUGUUUUUGGGAAAAUCUUUUCCUCCUAAUGCAAAACCCAAAAACCUUAUCUCCAUGCCUUCAUACUGACUAAAUUAGAUUUUAAUUUGAAACAGCAAGGAAUAAUUUCUGAAGUGUUGAGCAACAGUAAAAGCAGAAAUAUUACUUUAUAUUAUAGUUUAAAGCAGAUACUUUAAAGUGUAUGAAUUUACAAAAAGGUUUUGUACAGAUAUGUAUUUGAGAUGCAUCAAUUAAAAUAUAUUGAGAGAUGCAAAUGUUGCUGGGCAAUUUUUAUAAAUGAUUGCAUAGAGAAUCGGUAGAGGGUAUAGUCUUGUGAUUUGAAUAUUUUACAUGUAUCUGUGUGUUUUCUAUAAUAUAUAUGGAGCAUAAGCAUUGUACACAUGCAGCAAAGGAUUGCACAUAAACCAUUGUUAGGGCUUGUGUUGACUUUCAGUAAGGUGUUGGCUUUUGUUCUGUGUUGAAAGUCAUGCUGUGACUAGGAAAAACAAUACAUGUAUGUAGUUUGUGUUAUGAAUAAUAAACAAUAUUUCGUCUUUUCUGUGACAUUUUUCUUUGAAAAUAUUAUGUUAAAGAACUGUAAAAGGAGGAGGGUGCAUUCAAAACAAUGACAUCAAAUUUAAAGCACAAAUUUUAUUUUUGGGGGGAAAUUUCAGAUAUUACAGUACACUGUACUUUGAUUUGGUACAUGGUCUCUUGAAAAAUAUUGAUUAAGUUAAAAUCAAAAUUUUGAAUAUGUCUCAUUAAAAAUGUAUGCAUAUAUUGUGACAGCAUUUUAUUGUUUUUAUCUAAGAGUAUAUAUUUUGUUACCAGUCAUCGUUGUUAAUUUUGAUGUUUUCUGUUUUUCUGUUAAAUUUUGUUUCUUUUGUGAUAUAUUUUACGAUAUGUAAUUGAAAAUUUUGUAAAACUGAUGAUACAUGUAUUUUAUAUCUUGAUGACAUCAAAAUAAACUUAUCCAUCAUGUA